UCCUGCAUGGACCAGGGAAUGAUGCUUAUUGACUUGAAAGAUGAGAAUGUCCACCAUACUCUACUUGAUAAGAUGCAACAACAAGGUAUUACCAAUGAAAAUAUAUGGAUUGGUCCAAGAACCGUUGGCAAUCUGCUGUUGACAAUGAGUGGUUCCGUGGCUACAUAUCAACCAUUUGCUGAAAACCAACCUGACGGCGAUGGACCAUGCGUACAUUUUUGGAACAACCACAAAGGCCAGAAACUAAAUGACAUAUCAUGUAAUAAUGCAUUCAUGUAUGUAUGUGAACGACAAGACGAUGAAAUGAAAAGCAUGGUGGAAAUAUUGGAUAGUCUCGAUGUGAAUGAAUACAAAGUUCAGUGGGAUGAAUCUGGACUUGCAUGUGCCAACAAAGGUAUACAAUUAGCCAAAGACGAUAGCCAGGUUGCUCACAUGAGUCUAUUGAAUAAACUACUGCUUGAUGACGUCACUGCGGACAUGUGGAUAGAUGUUCUUAAACAAGGUUCUGAUAUAGUUUCAAGUGAUGGACAAGUACAAAGUUAUAGAGCCUUUCAUCCUGGCCAGCCAGAUGGUAACGGAGAUUGUAUCCAGUUGUGGUCACCUCACAAACACCAAUGGGACGAUGAUAGUUGUACCAGAACAAAGGGAUAUAUAUGCCAAGGAGACAUAUCUAUAUCUGACAACCAGUACUAUAUAUUCACUGACAAAAAGAAGUACAGCGAGGCAGCCAAGUCCUGCAUGGAUCAGGGUAUGAUGCUUAUUGACUUGAAAGAUGAGAAUGUCCAUCAUACUCUACUUGAUAAGAUGCAACAACAGGGUAUUACCAAUGAAAAUAUAUGGAUUGGUUCCAGAACCGUUGGCGGCCUGUUUUUAACGAUGAGCGGUUCCGUGGCUACAUAUGAACCCUUUGCUGAAAACCAACCUGAUGGCGAUGGACCAUGCGUACAUCUUUGGUCCCCUCACAAACACCAAUGGGACGAUGAUAGUUGUACCAGAACAAAGGGAUAUAUAUGCCAAAGAGAAAUUGAAGCUCCUACCCUUGAACCUACACAGGAGCCUACUGAGGAGCCAACCAAGGAACCUACACAGGAGCCAACUGAAGCACGAACCCAGGCUCCACCAAAGAUACAAACCGAGGCAGUAGACGGUAAAACGGAGCCACCAACUGCCCUACCUACUAUUAUACAUACUAGCCAGGAAGCACAUAGGGCACAACAACAAAAGCACAGCAGUGCAUCUGAAUCAACAUCAUCCAAAAAAAUAUUCCAGACAACCGGCCCAGAAUCAUCCCAAAGAGAAGAAGUUGUGACAUCACCCUUCCACUCAAAGAACAUGUUCAAUGUACUACAACAAUAG